AUUGGUCUGUGAGCGGCCAAAUGGGCGAAAAGGGUGAGUAGCGUGUAGUCAGUUGCUGUAGUGUGGGUCCCCACGCGCGUCCCCCUGACAGCAGCAGAGUGCGGUGACUGAAUGUGGAGGCGAUUGGUGUGGGUGACAGCCAGGGCCAUGUCUGAAGGAGUGUCUCGCCGUCAGCGUCCGCCGAAGGACCCGUUGCGGCACCUGCGCUCGCGGGAGAAGCGCCUGGGAGCCACGGGGACCUUGCAGGCCGAAGGACCCAGGACCGUUUUCGUGCAAGUGGCCGCGGCGGGGACGCGAGAUGCGGGAGCCGCCGUCUACGUUUUCUCUGAGUAUAACCGGUAUCUUUUUAAUUGUGGAGAAGGAAUGCAGCGCCUUAUGCAAGAGCACAAGUUAAAAGUAGCUCGCUUAGACAAUAUAUUCAUCACCAGAAUGAACUGGGCAAAUGUUGGUGGUUUGUCUGGAAUGAUUCUUACCUUAAAAGAAACAGGGGUUCCAAAGUGUGUGCUAUCUGGGCCACCACAGCUGCAAAACUACUUGGAGGCAAUCAAAGUAUUUUCUGGUCCAUUAAAAGGAAUAGACUUAGCUGUGCGGCCCUAUUCUGAUCCAGAAUAUCAGGAUGAGACAAUGACUGUCUAUCAAGUUCCCCUGGUAGGUAAAAAGCCAGCAGGUGAGCAAAGGCUACAUCUGAGUUCUGAAUCACCAGCUGGCAAGGCUGACCAAAAGCAUAUCUCAGGACAGGGAUCUCCAUCUAUGGAGCAACAGUUCCCACAGGGUGGCAGAAGUAAAGAAUCCCCUGAUAAAAAUGAUGGAAGCUGGCGUAUUGGUCAGAGGGACCCAUCUCUUGUUGUUGCAUUUAUUUGUAAGCUCCAUCCAAAGAAAGGGAACUUCUUGGUCCUCAAAGCAAAGGAGCUUGGCUUGCCUGUUGGCACUGCAGCAAUUGCUCCCAUCAUAGCAGCUGUGAAAGAUGGGAAGAACAUCACAUUUGAAGGCAGAGAGAUCUUGGCUGAAGAAGUUUGCACUCCCACAGACCCAGGGGCAGUUUUCAUCAUUGUGGAGUGUCCUCAUGAAGGCUUUGUAGAUGCAAUCUGUGAAAACAGCACACUGCAAAGGUAUCAAGAAGGAAAACAGGAGAAUCCUGUGGCUUUAGUUGUUCAUAUAACUCCAGACCCUAUUCUGCGGGACAGUCGGUAUAAGCAAUGGCUAGAAAGAUUUGGAGCCAAUACUCAGCAUUUGAUACUCAAUGAGAAGUGCCACUCAGUGCAUCAUCUCCGUAGCCACAAAAUUCAAACCCAGCUGAACCUCAUCCAUCCAGAGAUCUUUCCAAUGCUUACCAACUACCAAAGCAAGGAAGAAGAAGCCACAUUCAAUGUGCCUGUUACACGAGGAGAGUGCCUCCUCAAGUACCAGCUGAGACCCAAAUUAGAAUGGCAGAGGGAGGCUAUUACUGCUUGUAAUUCUGCUGAAUUUGUAACUGAAGCCUUGGAGCUUCCUCACUUCCAGGAUUGUGUGCAGAAGUGCAAAGAGAUGUUACCUGUCAGACCUGCCUCAUCAGGAAACGCAGGCUGUUACCCAGAAGUUGUAUUCUUAGGAACAGGCUCAGCAGUCCCAAUGAAACUCCGGAAUGUUAGCUCCACCCUGAUAAACAUUAGCUCCACCCAGUCUUUGCUUCUGGAUUGUGGUGAAGGAACAUUUGGCCAGCUUUGCCGCCAUUAUGGAGAUGAAAUUGACCAAAUCCUGUGUAACAUUGCAGCUGUGUUUGUGUCUCACAUACAUGCUGAUCAUCAUACAGGCUUGUUGAAUAUCUUGUUACAGAGACAUCGUGCAUUUAUGACCCUGGGUCAGUCCUCCAGUCCGUUGUUACUUGUUGCACCCACACUGCUCAUGACAUGGCUGCACCAAUACCACGACCAUUGCCAAGAAAUCCUGGGGCACAUCAACAUGAUUCCGGCGCGGUUCUUAAUAGAAGGGUGUGAUGUCUUUAAACCUAAAGCAAAGGCAUUCAUUAGUCUGCUUAUGGAGAAAUAUGACUUUGCCAAGUUUCAGACAUGUGAGGUCCGGCACUGUAAGAAUGCUUUUGCUUGUUCCAUGGUUCACAAAUCUGGGUGGAAAAUAGUAUAUUCUGGUGACACGAUGCCAUGUGAGGCUUUAGUUGACAUGGGGAAAAAUGCUUCUCUGUUGAUUCAUGAAGCUACACUGGAAGAUGGAUUAGAAGAGGAAGCUAUAGAGAAGACACACAGCACUACCUCCCAAGCAAUUGAAGUUGGGAUGAAGAUGAAUGCAGAAUUCAUUAUGCUCAAUCACUUCAGCCAGCGUUAUGCUAAAAUCCCUCUCUUCAGUGAGGAUUUCAGUGAGAGGGUUGGAAUUGCAUUUGAUCACAUGCAGGUGUGUUUUGGUGAUUUUGCUGCCAUUCCAAAACUGAUCCUGCCAUUGAAAGCCUUGUUUGCAGAUGAGAUUGAGGAGAUGGAAGAACGAAGGGAGAAACGCGAGCUGCGUCUUCUGAAAGAGGCAAUUAGAGCUUCUGAGGCCCAGACUGUUGUUGCAAACAAGGCACCAGCCAAAAUGAAAUUGGGACACACAGAAGAUUCCCAUGGAGUACCGAACAAAAAACUAAAAACUGUCAACUGAGCAAAGCAGCAAAUAGCUGCCUUUGUGCCUUUUAACCAGGAAGAAUAACUUAUGCAUAACAUGUGAUGUGCACAGCACUGAAGAUUCUAGGAGACAUCCACACACCUGAACUUAGCCAAACUUGGCUGGCCUCUGCUUCUACAGGUGCAAUUCCUGCUGGACACAUUACUAGCACAGCUAGCAAAACAUGCUUCCUGGCUACAAUGUAUCAGAAACAUGAUCUGUUCUAAUGGUACACUUGAUUGUUUGCUAGAAAUAUUCCCCCCCCUUUUUUUUAAAUUUGAGGCACAUGGCAAAAAGUAUGAAUUAGACCAAGGUAAAUCAGGCUAUUUUGGGGAUAGGAUCUCUGCAAUAAAUAUUUAUAAAUGUUAGGGGGUGACCACUUCACAGUAGAAGAGGAUGUGUUGUAUUGUAGCCAUGCAUGCCUCCAGCAGUAAUACCAGAUAUCUAGGAUUAAUCUUGCAGAACUCCUCAUUGCUUUUGGUAUUUGCAGCAUUAAUGCUGUGGGUACUUUUUACUUGUGUUUUUUUUAAGUUCAGGGAACCAGUAAAUGGAAUUUACUAAUUA